CGCCAGUCUACGAAACGAGUUUCAUUUACUCGAAAAAGAAUACGCUCCCAAUGAUUCACAUACUACACAUACGAUUGAGUACACAAUGAAAAUUUGUACAUCGGUGAAGUACAAUGAUUAAAAAGUACGCGACUUGAAACAUAUUUGAAAACAAUAGCUUCGAUUGCUAUCGAUAUCCGAACUAUACAGCUCGGUUCGGUUAUGUUUUGCUGGACGUGUUUAAAAAGUAAACGCAGUAAUAUUUAUAACAGAGAAUAUUUUUACAUUCGCCGAUGAUGCAUUAUUUAAGAUACAAACGAUUUAUUACGACUUUUAGCAUAGUACGAAAUCUAGCGACCAUUAAGAGAUUUUAUAGGAAAACGAACAUAUUAUCGAGCGGUGGAAAAUACGAGAUUACCCUUGAUCAAAGGAAAUUGAAAACGCCUCAGGGCAAGGUGUUUCAAGUAGAGAGCAGACCUCUGGCUUUGGCUGUAGCCGCAGAAUGGGAUAUGCAAAAAGGAAUCAUAGACAGAAGUAACAUGCAUUUGACAGCUCUUUGCAAUACCGUAAUAGAUAAUCCACAUAAUCAUACGAAACAAAACAUGGUCAAUUACAUAGUAAAUUGCUUAGAGAUGGAUACAGUAUUAUUUCAUUCGAAUGAAAAUGAUGACUUGUAUAAACUGCAAACUAAAAACUGGGAUCCACUGGUACAGUGGUUUUGUGACAAUUAUGGUGUGGAUAUGGUGAAGACUCAAAGUAUAGAGGCUCCAACAGUGUCUCCAGAAACUAAAGCUAAAUUGACGAGACACUUGAUGUCUUACAACUACAGUGCAGUCUAUGGUUUCAUGUACGGAGUAGACACAGUCAAGUCUGUGAUCCUUACUCUAGCCGCAGCAGCGAGAGUGAUCAGUAUAGAAGAAGCAGUGAGACAAACACGUUUGGAGGAAGAUUAUCAAGUUUCUCACUGGGGAUCGGUAGAAUGGUUCCACGAUCAUAACAAAUACGACUUACAAUCACGGUUGGCUGCGGCUAUCUUAUUUGUGCAUUUGAACUCUUACUCUGUGUCGUGUCGACCGAAAAGUGACAGUAAAAAUAUUGACUAAUGUAUAAAAUCCUAGUCGAGUGAAUCUCGUACAAGUUGUACACGUGUUAUGUCGGGACAAGAUUAAACAACGUUUUUAUUAA